CGCAGGCCACGCCGCGCAACGCUCGGAGAAUUGACAGCACAUAUGUACACUGGACAAUCUGACCGCCACUUGUCACUUAACAAUACAAGCUCGCCCAUCGACGACGGCAAAAUGGUGUUGACCAGAUGGCUUAUUCGCAAUGCUGGUGCUAAUCCCUGUCUUCGUCGUCCUAGCCGGCGUCGCCCUGUUCUAUACGCGUCGCCGGUAUAAAGCUUCCAAGUCGAAAGAGCCUUCCCGGGUUGUGGUCAAGGGGCAUACGUUUUCAGAAAGCGUUGAGCAGAAACCAGCGACCGAGGUGAGAAAGACAACGAUUGAUAAUGUCCGGCAAUGCUGUAUUAUUGGUGCUGGGCGAGUGGGAGCCAUAACGGGAAUUGUACUCGCAAUGCAGAAUCCAGACGUCCAGUUCUGUAUUGCUGAUAGUGACGAACGCACGAUAAAUGCGUGGAACUCUGAUAAUUUACCACUAUACGAACCUGGUCUAGAGGAGGCCCUUUUCGACGACCAGUCUCUCAGUGUGAAUGGUACCGAUACCUCGACCGAGCAACUGCAUAAUGGCAAGUACACGUACAUGGGUAUAGACACGGUCAAUCAUGUCCAGCGCUGCCGAAGGCUACCCAACUUGACCUUUUCAACCAAUGUCCACGCCGCUGUGACCGCGGCAGAGCUGAUCUUCUUAUGCAUUGAUAUGGCAAGAGGCGGAAUUGAUGAAUGCGCGGUUACUCAUACAUACCUAAAUCCCACCCUCCAAACAAUCGCCCUCGCGUCAGCAGGGCAUAAGAUCAUAGUCCAGCGCACAACGGCACCGUACGGGACGACGCAGUAUAUCAAGAACCACCUGAACCAAAUUUCCUCCCCAAGCUCAGCAUUCACGGUCCUUACAAGCCCGGACUUUACCCUCCCUGGGUCUACCCUCGCUGAUACAAUCCACCCGCAACGCGUGAUAAUCGGACAUAUCUUCUCUGCAAACACUUCAACGGAAAGCAUAACCGCCUUGAAGAGAUUAUACACCCCCUGUGUCCCGGAAGAGUGUAUUGUAACGAUGGACGCCUGGUCCGCGGAGCUAGGAAGGAUCGCUAGUAAGGCGUCGCUUGCACAGCGCGUUGUGGAGGCUAGAGCGGUUGGGAUGCUAUGUGCUGGGACAGAAGCGAGCGCAGGCAAUGUAGGGUGGAUGGUGGGGUGUGGUAUUGAUGGUGAGAGUGAGACUGGGACAGGCAUGGGGACUGGGAUUGGAUGGUUACGGAGUGAUGUACGGUGUUUUGUUGGGCUUGCUGGGGAGUUGGGAAUGGGGGAGGUGGAGAGUUAUUGGCGGGGUGUGCUGCAGAUGGAUGAGAUGUUGUAUAGGAGGGGUGUUGAGGGGUUGGUUCAAAGCCUGCCAGAUGGUGGCAGGAAGGUUGCUGUUGUUGGUCUGGAAAGGGGUAUUGCAGUUGUUACAGAGUUGAGGAAGUCUGGGGCUUCAGUCAGGGUAUGGGAUGGGUCGCUUUCGAAAGAGCAGGCUCGCGAUAUGCUGCAGGAUGUGGAUUUGGAGAUUACAGUAGCAGCGUCGUUGGAGGAUUCAUGUAUUGGAUGCAAUGCUAUGGUUCUUGGGCAAUCUGGUAUUGAAGAUGGGACCUGGCAGAGAAUAGCUGAUCAGAUGGAGGAGCCAAAGAUGUUGCUGGACACUGCAGGAGUGUUGGACCGGGCAAGGGUGCGGCAACUGGGGUUGAGGAUUCUGUGAAUAUGUUAAAUUCUAGUAUCAACUGGCC